UUCCAAACAAAUCAAACCCCACUGCUACAAUGAAGAAUUCCAAAUGGGCCUUGCAGCUUUGCUUCAGCUUUACAUGUCUUGUUAUGUUCCCAUCUCAUUCCUUGGCUCAAGGAGGUGGUGAAAAUGGCUUUCCCCCUUGCUCACCAGCAGACAGGGCAGCCCUCCUCAGCUUCAAAGCCAGGAUCUCAAUGGACACCACAGGCAUCCUGUCCUCCUGGACUGGCCUUGACUGCUGUGGAGCUUGGGAGGGAAUAGAAUGCCAUCCCACAACAGGGAGGAUCAUUAGCUUGCAACUUGAAAGGCCUCAAGGUGAAGCUGGUAAAGCCCUUUUCAUGAGGGGCACUCUCUCCCCAUCUUUGGGUAGCCUCCAGUUCUUGGAAGUGAUGGUGAUCAGUGGAAUGAAGCAAAUUAGAGGUAUCAUUCCUGAGAACUUGUCAGGGUUGGCCCACCUCACCCAGCUUUACCUUGAGGGCAACAUGCUUCAAGGCCUUAUACCUUCAAACUUGGGGAGGUUAACCUCCCUGAAGGCCCUCUCACUGAGUGGGAACCAAUUGCAAGGCCAGUUGCCUCCAAGCCUGGGGUCUAUUGGUGGUCUGCUUCAAAUUAAUGUUGGGAGGAAUCUUCUAAUAGGUCCAGUACCACCCACUUAUAAAAAUCUUCAUGCUUUGCAAUCUCUAGAUCUCAGCUACAACUCUUUCUCUGGGGGAAUUCCUAGUUUUCUAGGCCAGCUUCAGAACGUGACCCUUUUGGACCUUUCCCACAACCAGUUCUCGGGAGGGAUACCCGUGUCUCUAUGUAGUUUGCCUAACGCCUUGGACAUCUCAUUGAGCUACAACAAGCUCACAGGUGAAAUCCCAAGCCAGAUUGAUAGGCUAAGGUCCCUCAAUACCCUGUCUCUAAGUAAUAAUCUUCUUACUGGCUCCGUUCCAGAGUCAGUUGCAAAGUUAGAAAAGCUAUGGUACCUUAAUCUUUCAAGAAACGGCUUCUCAGGUUCCCUACCAAGUGGACUAGCAAAUGGGUUACCUUCUCUUCUAUCCAUAGACCUGUCCUACAAUAGCUUGAAAUUGGGAGCCAUCCCACAUUGGGUAAAGAACAGAGGGCUCAGAGAUCUCCACCUAGCAGGCUGCAAUAUAAGGGGAGACCUUGCAACUUUUACACUGCCGGACUCCCUAAACUCCAUAGACCUCUCUGAGAAUUAUCUCACAGGGGGGAUUGACAAGUUCUUCACCAACAUGACAAGUUUGCAGGAAAUAAAACUCUCCAGCAACAUGCUUAGAUCCAACAUCUCAAGCAUUGUGCUGCCAGAUGGUCUCACCAUGCUUGACCUCCAUUCCAAUCAGUUCUAUGGGUCAGUUUCAGGUCUCCUAAAAAAUGGCAGUAACUUUUUACAAGUAUUGGAUCUCUCACACAACAAGAUCACAGGUGGGCUCCCUGAGUUCAGUGAAGGGAUGGAAUUGAAAUCACUUGAACUGUCAAUGAAUGGGAUCACAGGCCAAAUACCAAGCUCCAUUUCGAAGCUGACUAGCCUAGAGAGGCUGGAUCUUUCUAGGAAUCAAAUCAAAGGGAUAAUACCUGCAAGCAUGGGCCAAAUGGUGAGGCUGGAAUUGCUGGACCUGUCAAGCAAUGGUCUUACAGGGAGAAUACCAAUGAGUUUCACUACACUUGUGAACAUCAAGCAUGCAAGCUUCAGGGCUAAUAGAUUAUGUGGGCAGAUACCCCAAGCAAGGCCCUUCAACAUCUUUCCUGUUGUUGCUUAUGCACAUAAUCUAUGCCUCUGCGGCAAACCUCUGCCACCUUGCAAGAAGCUUUCAUAG